AUUCGGAGGAAAGUAGUAGUGGUAUAUGAAUAUUAAUAUAGUUAAGUCAUGCUACAUUGUGAUUGGACCACAAUUCAAAAUACUACCGCUAAUGCAGCGAUGAUUGGAUAGGUGCUUCGUGUGGGCGCGUUCACCGUUUUAACCUUAAAAGCAGCAACAAACUUUCUUUGGCCAGACGUGUCAGUUUGUUGUGCAAAUUGGUCUUUCUGCGAAGCGCAUCUGUCUACAGCAACUUGCUCUGUGUUGGAUAUUUUGAAAACGGAAGAUUCUUCACGGAAUAAAUUCGAAAUGGACAUAACCUUGAACUAAAUCUACACAACUGUUUUUACUUCGGAUACAUUCAAUUUAUAAAAAUGUUGGACAAACGUAGUGUUGAGCUGCAAUUGGAUCAGGAGGAUGUCAAAGGAAAAAGCGGUAAAGAGUCCUUUGAGAAGCAUUACCAAUUCGGUGCGCUUCUUGGAAGUGGUGGAUUUGGGUCCGUCUUUGCUGGUCAACGCAUCUCAGAUGGUCUGCAGGUGGCAAUUAAGCAAGUUUCAAGUGACAGAGUGCAGCAAUGGGCGCGAUUGCCAGAUGGACCCAACCUGGUACCCAUGGAGAUAGCCCUGCUCUUACAGCUGGGGGGUGGUGCAGGGGCAGGACCCUGGCACCAUGGGGUGAUCAGGAUGCUGGACUGGUUCGAGGUGCCAGGACAGGGAUUCCUCAUCGUGUUCGAAAGACCACAACCCAGUCAGGACCUCUUUGACUUCAUCACAGAGCGGGGAGCCCUGGACGAGCCACUUGCACAAAGGUUCAUGCUCCAGAUAGUGGAAGCGCUGCGGUUCUGUCAAGCACAGGGGAUCGUGCAUAGGGAUGUGAAGGAUGAGAACAUUUUAGUCGACACUCGGACAGGAGAUGUUAAGAUCAUUGACUUUGGCUCCGGUGCUCUGCUCAAAGACACUGCUUACACAGAAUUUGAGGGCACCAGAGUGUACAGUCCUCCUGAGUGGAUUCAACAUCAACACUAUCAUGCCCGGUCUCUGACUGUCUGGUCACUUGGAGUGCUUCUCUUCGACAUGGUUUGCGGGGACAUCCCCUUCGAGAGGGACAGAGACAUUGUGCAGGCCACGCCAAGUUUCACCAAACGCAUUUCAAAAGAGUGCCAGUCUUUGGUUCGUUGGUGCCUUGCCUACAGACCAGAAGAUCGGCCAAGCUUAGAAGAGAUAUUACUCCAUCCCUGGAUGGAGUCAUCUAACGACAGUGGAGACUUGCAUGGGGAUCACAACUCUUUGCCAAGCCAGUCAAGCCUAUGAUUCCUGGAUACUAUUGGGUGGCUAAAGAAACUUCAGAUGCCUUUUAAGAUCACACUUAUCUUAUAUUUACUGUGCUUAACUUAUCAAGUCCCCCUAUGGAAAGCUAUUUAUUUAUCAUUUUGUGGUGUUGCAAUGCUAUUUUAUUUUUAUUUGAUGAAGUAUUAUACAAAAAAUUCUGCACUAAUGUACUACCUUAGUACAAAGAAAUGUAUCACACACUUAUCUUGAGCCAAGGCAAACUAUAUCUAAAUGAUCUUCAUAAGUGUUACAAAAUGGCACAUUCCAUAGUAAUAUAGACCAUAUUGGGAAGAGAUAUGUAUGCUUUAUUUUUAAAAAGAAAAAAAGUCAUUUAUGGGUAUUUAUUUAAAUUACUAUUUAUUUAUCUUUAGGGUUGGACUUUCUGUUUACAUCAGUUAUACUGGAGGCAUGUCGAAGUUUCUGAUACCAUUUGAUUCUAUUAUUUAAUGUGAUUUGGUUGAGAUCACAUACUUUUCCAUGUGAAGACCUGGUUUUACAGGUUAUUUAAGUUACCUCGUUUCAAGAGGAAUAGAGGACUACAGAACAACAGUAAUCCGGAGCACUAUGGAUAUCUUACAUUUUCCAUGGAUUUUGUCCUGAUUGUUUUAGUAGUUACACAGGCAAGGCAACAUCUCUAUGGACACACAAGUCAGGCUCAUACGCCUCAUACAAUGGACUUAUUUGCUGGAGCUGAAUAGUCUUGGGAAUGGGACAUUGACACUGUUUUCUCUGCAAAAUAAUAUUUGCAUAUUAUUUUGGAACUUUAACGCAUUUAGAAUGUCAUAGUAUCCAGGAUGUAAUACUAUCCUUCAGGAUUGACCUUUAGAAUGUCUGUGUAAUUGUUUUGUGAUGGGCAGGCCUCCAAGGGUUUGUCAACACCACAGCAAUGAAUCAUCCAAGAAUGUGUCCAAACCAGAAACUAAACUGGUACUUUAUCUUGGAGGGAAGUUCAAAUAUGUGCUUCCAUUUUCCUUCCUAGGACGUAUGUUCUUGUUUUCUGUAGAGUUUGAAGGUUUACCUGAAGUAAAUGCCUCAGUGUUUUAACCAGUGACUGUUGUUCAAGACAAUAGACAACGUUCAAAACUGGGUGAUUUUGACUUUUGUGUUAUUUAUUUACUUUUGUUCUAUUGUUGCAAGUGGAACCCACAUGACCAAUUGUAUGUAUGUAUAUAUGUUGUUGUUUAAAUGUUGGUGAGACUUCAUCAUAUGCCUUAAUCUAAAUCCUACCUUAAUGAUGGGACUGCAAUGACAAACAUUUUCUCAUUCAUGACUCAAUUUACCCAAUGGAAGAGUUAAUACAUUGAAAUCUUGUCAUGAAAAUUGGAUUUAAAAAACAAACAUAAUUCCACUUAAUUGUUUAGAACUAUCAUUGACAUAAUCAUAGUCAAUGAGCUGAGGAAGCAUAGUCAUAUUUGUUGUAAAUACUUAUGUAUUGUUUUAUACACUGUCAGUUGUCACAAAUCUCUUUACAUUAAAUUAGAAUUUCAGGAGACACAUUCUGUAAAAUUCUUGAUUCUUAAGUGUACAUAAAGGCUGUCAAUGUUUAUCUGUA